AUGUGUAUCACUGCACAUUAUGUUGAUGCAGAAUGGAAUUUGAAGAAAAAGAUUAUAAGCUUUUGUCAAAUUGCAAACCAUAAAGGCGAGACAAUUGGUAAAUUGAUUGAGUCGUGUUUGCUGGAAUGGGGAAUUGAAAAAGUUUUCACUGUGACGAUGGAUAAUGCAUCAGCUAAUGAUGUGGCUGCUGGUUUUAUAAGGAGGAGGGUCAAUGCAUGGAAAGGGUCCGUUCUCGGUGGUGAGCAUCUCCAUGUCCGAUGUGGUGCUCAUAUUGUAAAUCUAAUCGUGAAUGAUGGUUUACAUAAAUUGCAUGAUUCAAUAGCUGCCAUCCGGAAUUCUGUGAGGUAUAUCCAUUCAUCUCUAGCAAGGUUGCUGAAAUUCAAAGCUUGUGCUGAAAAAGAAAGAAUCAAUUACAAAGGGGGUUUGGUUUUAGAUGUUGCUACAAGGUGGAACUCCACCUACAUGAUGUUAGACGUGGCCUUGAAAUUUGAGAAGGCUUUUACAAGAUAUGAAGAGGAAGAUGACAAAUUCCUGACUACAUUUUAUGAUGUUACUCUGAAAUUUAGUGGAACUUUGCACGUAACAUCAAAUAAUUUUUAUCACGAAAUUUGUGAGAUUCACUCUCAACUGAAUGAUUUUGUUGAUGCAAAUGAUCCAUUACUAUCUCUCAUGGCUGCUAGUAUGAAGGAGAAGUAUGAUAAAUAUUGGGGCAAUGCUGAUAACAUUAACCCAUUAUUGUUUGUGGCUGUUGUAUUGGACCCUCGAUACAAAAUGAGAUAUUUGAAGUACUGCUUUGAAGCUGUGUAUGAUUUUGCAACAGUUGCUAGGCUGAUUGUCAAAGUGGAGUCAGUUUUGCAAUCUUUAUACACGUGCUAUAAUGUUGGAUCAAAAGGUGCUGAUAAUCAGGAACAGGGGCAAUAUGGUGGAACAAAGCUAAAUGAAUGUGUGGAUGACAUUCAUUCUUUUGAUUUUUUAAGUGGAGAUGAGAAUGAGAAGAUGGACAGUCGGACAUCGAAGGAGAAACUAAAGGGCAAGAUUAUCGAUGUUAUUGACGCGUGA